UUGGGACACAGGAGAGUGAAGAUCGCAGGCCAGGGGUGGACUGACAGCCCAUGGCAGGCGCAGGGCAAGGCACAGGACGGGGUCGGCCUCAGGGUGGCAGGGUUUGGGUGAGAAAUGGCAGCCCAUGGGGAAUUGCCACAGCAGGGCUCUAGGGCCUUCAGAGCCAAGCCCUGACACCCCUCCCCAUUUGCGGUGCAAAACUGGAGAAGGCAGGGGACAGGGUGAGAGAGGUUGGUUCCCAAAGGAGAUGCCAUCCCCGUUAAGGGGACACAGGUCCCUGGAAGUUGGGUUGGGCCACAAGGAAAGAGACCUGAACAGCCAAAGGGAGGGGGUGUGGGGAAGAGGCAGCCUCAGACAUCUGCCUCCUCCCUCAGAUCGUGAGGCUUCCCAGCCCGGCUUGGGUGACCUCGACAUCCCUGGCCUGAGACAGCAGGCGGAUCAGACCUGCUGCCCCUCUCCGCCCCUGGGUCCCUACGGACCUGGAGAGGGGAGGACGGAGGCCCUAGCUCCCUGCAGGGGAAGGGAGUGAAGACGCGCGGGGGUGGGGGGGGGGAAGAUGAGCCGGCGUCGCCAUGGCAACAAGGCCGGUGGUCGGGCCCUGGGGACCCAGGAGGGAGGGAGCCUGCGCCCGCCGUUCCCCCACUGCCUGGGCACCUGUUGGAGGCAGAGACAGCCAGGGGUGCUGCAUGAGGGGCCGCAGGGGCGACCGCAUGACCAUCAACAUCCAGGAGCACAUGGCCAUCAACGUGUGCCCCGGGCCCAUCCGGCCCAUCCGCCAGAUCUCUGACUACUUCCCCCGCCUGGGACCAGGACCUGAAGGGGGCGGCGGGGGCGGCGGGGAGGCCCCCGCCCAUCUGGCCCCCCUGGCUCUGGCCCCCCCUGCAGCCCUCCUUGGGGCCACCACGCCUGAGGAUGGUGCAGAGGUGGACAGCUAUGACUCGGAUGAUGGCACCGCCCUGGGCAUGCUGGAGUUUGACCUUCUCUAUGACCGGGCCUCUUGCACUCUGCACUGUAGCAUCCUCAGGGCCAAGGGUCCAGCUCUACAAGAGGGAGGGAGAGAGAUGCCGGGAGCCUCCAGCCCUCUCCCCUCCCCUCUGCUCCAGGGCCUCAAGCCCAUGGAUUUCAAUGGCCUCGCAGACCCCUAUGUCAAGCUGCACCUGCUGCCUGGAGCCUGUAAGGCCAAUAAGCUAAAAACGAAGACUCAGAGGAACACGCUGAAUCCUGUGUGGAAUGAGGACCUGACAUACAGCGGGAUCACGGAUGAUGACAUCACACACAAGGUUCUCAGGAUUGCCGUGUGUGAUGAGGACAAGCUGAGCCACAAUGAGUUUAUUGGGGAGAUCCGCGUGCCACUCCGCCGCCUCAAGCCUUCGCAGAAGAAGCAUUUUAACAUCUGUCUCGAGCGCCAGGUCCCGCUGGCGUCCCCCUCUUCGAUGUCGGCAGCGCUGAGGGGCAUCUCCUGUUACCUGAAGGAGCUGGAGCAGGCAGAGCAGGGGCUGGGGCUGCUGGAGGAGCGUGGCCGUAUCCUGCUGAGUCUCAGCUACAGCUCGCGGCGCCGGGGACUGCUGGUCGGCAUUGUACGCUGUGCCCACCUGGCUGCCAUGGACGUCAACGGUUACUCGGACCCCUACGUCAAAACGUACCUGAGGCCUGAUGUGGACAAGAAAUCCAAGCAUAAGACAUGUGUGAAGAAGAAGACUCUCAACCCAGAAUUUAACGAGGAGUUUUUCUAUGAGAUAGAGCUCUCCACACUGGCCACCAAGACCCUGGAAGUCACCGUCUGGGAUUAUGACAUCGGCAAAUCCAAUGAUUUCAUCGGUGGUGUGUCCCUUGGGCCAGGUGCCCGAGGCGAGGCCCGUAAGCACUGGAGCGACUGCCUGCAGCAGCCAGAUGCAGCCCUGGAGCGCUGGCACACCCUGACCAGCGAGCUGCCCCCUGCGGCCGGUACUCUGUCCUCAGCCUGAGUGGACAGCAGUGCCCUGCACAGGCCCAUCAGGCCGGGCCCAGUACCCAACCUUCGCACGAGUGUGUUGCACGUUUACACAGGGUGGGCUGCCCCCACCCUGCACUACCUGUCUUAUUUUUGUGAGUCUCAUUGACCGGGUCUGUCUGCUCGUGAGGGGCUGUGGAGUUCUGUAUUCACAUAUGCAAACCUCCUGCCUGACUCGCUAGUCCCUGCAAAUAUGCAAACACCCCAUCCUCUCUGCAUACCUGGGCAGUGCUCAGAGCCCAGCCCCAGGCCCUUGAGCUCCUCAUUCCUGCCUCUCCACGCUGCCCCGUCCCUCUCCCCCAACAGGGAAGAGGUCGGAUUAGGGGAGGUUCAGAGGAGGAGAAUGUCUCAAAAAAAAAAAAAAAGAAAGAAAAGACAAAAAAAAAAAAAACAACCCAGAGCCACUCCUUUAA